AUGACUGCUCCGAUCGAUAAACUACCGGAAGAGCUACUCAGCAAAAUAAUUUCGUUUUUGCCUCUCAAGUUCGCUAUUUCUACUUCCGUUUUGUCAAAAAAAUGGGAGAAUGCGUGGAAGAUAAUCCCCUCUGUCUGCAUAGUGUACCGUGGCGAUGAAAGUUCGGCAAUCCCGAUAACGUCUAAUAUGCAUCGUUUGACAACAGAGAAGAUAUCUACGUUUCAUCUACGUGUAGAUAGGGUUCCUAAACGGGACAAUGACGUAGACGAUUGUCUAUGUUUUUUCAUGAUGGUCAAACCUGAAAAUAUGGUCCUUAGGUUCAUCGGUUCUGACCACGAGUAUUCUUUCAUGGACGAAUUCUUUGACAACGGUAGCAUAAAGCGACUUAUCGUGGAGCAUCCCCAUAUGAAACCGAUGCCAAAGCCUGUGUCGUGGUGUUCGUUAAGGAGUUUGGCCCUAUAUUGUCCAUAUCUUCCCCAACAGGCUCUUGAUAAUAUUCUCGUUGGUUGUCCAGUCAUGAGAAGUUUGACACUACAUCAGUGUGAAGAUCAGCUUGUGUAUUUUGACCUCCGCGAGGCACCAAGUGUUGAGAACUUGGACAUAGAUAUGAUGUAUUGGAACCACGAUGUAUCAGACGCGGCAGUAAAGAUUGAAGCACCAAAUAUACGUUAUCUGAGGUUGUCUAUUGCAUCACCAUGUGUUUUAGUGGAUGUUUCUUCUCUCAAGGAAGCAAAAUUAAACAUCAGCAACAUUAGAUGGUUGACGAAGGUUGAAGAUUUUCUACCAGCCAUGAUGCUAAAGUUGCAGAACGUAAAGAAGCUUACCUUUGGGUCCACCUUCCUUGAUGUGUUGUCAUCAUCUCUUGCUCAGGUCCAUGAUUUUCCUUUCCCAACGUUCAAGGUGGAAGAUUUAACACUUGAAACUAUGAUUCUCGAAUCCCUUCUUCCCGGAAUAGGAAGGCUUUUACAAAAUUCACCUGCGCUAAAGCAUCUCACAGUUGACGUGGUGAAGCAACCAGAGGAGGAAGCCGAUCAUGUACCCGUGCAUUCAUUCAUACAUCUUCUACGCCUACUGAAUGUAAAAACGUUAAAGACAGUGGUUAUACGGCUUGGAGGUUAUGUUGCUGAAUCAGAAUUUGACAACCUGAAAAGGAUAACUCACGAACAUAUUGGACAACAGAACACUGUUUCCAUUGUGCUUGAGCCAAGAGUUGUUGUUAGGUCCUUUACUAGCCUCUUUGAUGACACUGCUUGCCCCGACCACGGCACGUAA